AUGCGACUUUGGUUAUUGGUCCCAACGGUCAUUUUGCCUUUCUUUUCGACGGGUUCGUUAUUUUUGAAAGAACAAAAUCUUUAGAAAAUUGGAGAGUGAUUCUAGAGCGAUUUUUCUAUUCACAGAUUCUUACUGGCUUGAUAAAAUAAUCAUCGGCAAAUUUUAUAGGCCGGUCUAGCGGAAAAGAGUCCUUCUCAGUGUUAAGUAUACUGCUAGACUUCAAAAGAAAUCAGUAAAUACUUUUAAAGCAAAAAAAUUGAAAAAUCACAAGUAAUGAAGAGAUGAAAAUUCAAAUACCUAGAAAAUUUUCAGUCCAAGCCGGCGCAAAUCUCGAAGUUUUGACGAACUUGGCCUGCGAACAGAAUCCAAAACUCUCCAUUUGUAAACGGAAUCGGGAGACGAAAAGUGUCAAAACUGAAGAGCGCGAUGAAGUCGUUGAGAAGGAAGAAAGUAAAGAAACCAAGUGAUUUUUUGAAUAAAUCCUUGCGAAUUCAGUGAUAAUGCCUCCGCCGAUGCCAUUCGGAGACCGGAAAAAAGACGUUGCCAAGAGUAUCGAUAAGGCUGUUGGCGCCAAGAAAGAGGUUUUUGAUCUAAAAUUGAUAAUAUAUUAUUCCUUCCUAUUAAUAGGAAGGAAUUUUGGGUCCUCGAAUACUCGUGAGCGUUAAUUGUGCAUACACCAAUCUUGGGGGCUCGAAUCUUUGCAAACGAUUCUUGGGAAUAUUCACCUCGUUUUUGAAUUUCCAUCUUUUCUUUCCUUCAAUUUUUUUUUCUUUGUUGUUCUAUUGAGAUGAUGUCGUGUUUCGACCACAAAUUAACAUUGUAUGAUUUUUUUCAACUAACUUCUCAUCAAAUAAUGCAUUUUUUCUCGCAUACACGUAGUCAAAGAUACACUGCAUAACGGCUACCACAUUUUUCAUUCACUCUGUAUACAUUUUCUAUCAACUUCUGUUUACAAAAAAGUUGGAAAAACUAUAAAAAAUCAGAAAAGAAGUGAAUAUUCCCAAGAAUCGUUUGCGAAGAUUCAAAUUUGCAAAGAUUCGAGCCCCCAAGAUUGGUGUAGGCACAACUAACGCUCACGAAUAUUCGUGGACUCAAAAUUCCUUCUCACUAUCCUAAAAUUGAAAAAAUUUGAAAGAAAAAUUCAGGUUGCAACUCUUCCUCAACUGACCGAUGAAGAGGCGCGAGUUUUGCAGGCAAAAUGUGCCAAAGUCGCUCCCCUUGUUCAGGAGGUUUGAUGAAUUCUGAAAUAAAACUCGUAAAAAAUCGAAAAAAAAAAAUUAGUCAUGAUCAAAAAUUUAAAAAAAAAAAAUUCAUUUUUCGUUGAUUUCAUACACUAACACGCUAUACGUAGUAGAAAAUAAAUUAUUCAAACUGCUCGAAAAUUCUUCCUGCAAUGAAGAACCCACUGAUUUCUUCCAAGAAUCGUGCAAAUCUGUUUUAAAAUCUAUUAAAGGUCCUCCAGGCCUCAAGACGCCUGAUCAAAGCCUUUUAUAACAGAUUACAACUUGAAAAAUGAUGAAUAAAAACGAAAAAGAAUCUUUUUCUCGUGAAAAUUAUUGCAAAAACGCAACUUUAUGGGCGUGGCCUGAGAACAAUGCGGCGCUUUUGCAUUCCAGCGUCUUUUUACGCAAAUUUUUGACGACUUUCAUUUUUUUCUUUUUUUCUUUUUUUCUUUUUCGACUUUGAUCCAAUAUAUUUUUUUAUAUUUAAUCACAUAUUUGAGAUAUUUAAAAAAACAAGUUUAAGUAGAACUGUAUAAAUUUUUUCACAAUGGGCUUGUUUUGGUUCGAAUUUUCUUUUUUUCCGCUCAUAAUUGUUUUUUUUCUAUAGAUAAUAAACAUUGAAGAAAAAAACCUACGUUUAAAACAAUACAUAAACAACUGUUCGGAGCGUCAUUGAAAUAAGUUCUCGAAAAUCGAUUAAAUUUAUUUUUUUUCGACCCAUACGUCUUAAGAAAAUAAAAAUUUAGAACUUCUCGUUUUUUUUCGUAGUUUAUUAACAUUUGAAAUGUAUUCUUAUUAGUACGAAGAAUAUUUUCAGCACUGUGCGAAAGGCAAAGUGACGGCCCAAAAUGCGGGCAGAUGUGCGGCUUAUUUCCGCGACUGCGGAAGGUUCAUUCCGAGGAGUGAUCCGCUUGGAGCGAUCGCGAAUUCUUGGAGUUCUGGGGUACUUCCCUUAUUUCAGAGUAUGUUGUAACUGAUUAGUUAUAGGUGAACAUCAACCUGGCAACAGUCGGAGUCAAUGGAAUCCCAUAUUAUCCGAUCAAUGAGGAAGGCGGCGUUGGUGUCGGUGUGGGGCUUGGGAUUCCAUUUGGCGCUUGGGGCGGUGGUGCUUCGACUUCUGUCGGAGUUCGGUAAGUUUUUCAAGGUUUUACGGAAAUUCUUUGCACUUGAACUUUGCCUCAACACCAUACCUUCUGAUACCUUCAGGGACUACUUCCAAGGCGACCAGGAAGCCGGCGCCAACUGGUACGACGGCAAGUACGGCUACAAGGUUGCUUCAUGUCCCUGAAGGUCUUCUCAGUUCCAACUUCAGAACCACUGGAGCAUCCCGUUGGUCCAAUCAUUAGGCGUGGAAGGUGGUCAGCACAACACGGUCGGAUUCCCGCUUCACGGUCCCAACGCCGGCGUCCUCAACGUCGACAACGGCUACGGCGUCGGCGGCUACUACGGCCACAACGACCACGUCGGCGUUGACUGGCGUCGCGGCGACGUCGUUCACAAUUUUGGCGUCGGCGUUCCUUUUGCUGGCGUCGGAGUCAACACCGGCCAGGCGGUCAGCUUCCCAUCUUUGGAUACCUUUCUGAAUGCUGGGAAGAAGUAG